AUGACCUCCAGGAAUCACUCAUUCUGCGCUCUCCCUUUCCCUGCAUCGCAGAAAGCUUGGCUGGGGAGCCUUCUUCUGUUCCUUGCCACCUUGGUGACAGCAUCCAACGCACAAUGCUCUUUUGACAAAGAGCAGGGAACUCCAAAGCAGCCAUCUAAAGAAUGUGUGGAUACUGAAGGUGAAAAACACGCCAUCAACUCUACCUGGAAGAAGGACUGUACUGAGUGUCUCUGUCAAGAAGAUUUACUUACCUGCUGCAGUAUAAUUCAAAUGCCGACGUCUUAUGACAAAAAGAAGUGUCACAAAAUAUUCCACCCAGAAAACUGCAGCUAUAGUGUGGUGGAACGGGAGAACCCUCAAAAGGCCUGUAUUGUCCGUAGCUGGGUAAUGUAAAUGUGCUUCUAGUGGGCCAAGAGUUGAGCAACAUUUGAAUAUUUU